UAUUGGGCAUCGACUCUUGAUUGUUUGAAACGUUUCCUAUGAAAAACAACUCUACCUGAUCAGUAGUUCUCUUUUUUUUAACUUAAAAAAACUUUUCAAACAACAACAACAACAACCCAACAAUAACCCCCCCAAAACCAUGCAUUACUGUGUGCUGAGCGCUUUUCUGCUGCUGCAUCUGGUCACGGUGGCGCUCAGCCUGUCUACCUGCAGCACACUCGAUAUGGACCAAUUCAUGCGUAAGAGGAUCGAGGCGAUCCGCGGGCAGAUCCUGAGCAAGCUGAAGCUCACCAGCCCUCCGGAAGACUAUCCCGAGCCCGAGGAGGUUCCCCCGGAGGUGAUUUCCAUCUACAACAGUACCAGGGACUUGCUCCAGGAGAAGGCCAGCCGGAGGGCAGCCGCCUGCGAGCGCGAGAGGAGCGAGGAGGAGUACUACGCCAAGGAGGUGUACAAAAUAGACAUGCCGCCCUCCUACUUUCCCUCGGAAACUGUCUGCCCAGUUGUUACAACACCUUCUGGCUCUGUGGGCAGCUUGUGCACCAGACAGUCCCAGGUGCUCUGUGGGUACCUUGAUGCCAUCCCGCCCACUUUCUACAGACCCUACUUCAGAAUUGUCCGUUUUGACGUCUCAACGAUGGAGAAAAAUGCUUCCAAUUUGGUGAAAGCAGAGUUCAGAGUCUUUCGUUUGCAGAAUCCCAAAGCCAGAGUGCCUGAACAACGGAUUGAACUGUAUCAGAUUCUCAAAUCCAAGGACUUAACAUCACCAACCCAGCGCUACAUUGACAGCAAAGUGGUAAAGACGAGAGGAGAGGGAGAAUGGCUCUCCUUCGACGUAACGGAUGCUGUCCAUGAAUGGCUUCACCAUAAAGACAGGAACCUGGGAUUUAAAAUAAGUUUACACUGUCCAUGCUGUACGUUUGUACCUUCUAAUAAUUACAUCAUCCCAAAUAAAAGUGAAGAGCUAGAAGCAAGAUUCGCAGGUAUUGAUGGUGCCUCCACAUAUACCAGUGGUGAUCAGAAAACUAUAAAGUCCACUAGGAAAAAAAACAGUGGGAAGACCCCACAUCUUCUGCUAAUGUUGUUACCCUCCUACAGACUGGAGUCACAACAAUCCAGCCGGCGGAAGAAGCGUGCUUUGGAUGCGGCCUAUUGCUUUAGAAAUGUGCAGGAUAAUUGUUGCCUGCGUCCACUUUAUAUUGAUUUCAAGAGGGAUCUUGGGUGGAAAUGGAUACACGAACCCAAAGGGUACAAUGCCAACUUCUGUGCUGGUGCAUGCCCAUACUUAUGGAGCUCAGACACUCAGCACAGCAGGGUCCUCAGCCUGUAUAACACCAUCAAUCCAGAAGCUUCUGCUUCUCCCUGCUGUGUAUCCCAAGAUUUGGAGCCACUAACAAUCCUCUACUACAUCGGCAAAACCCCCAAGAUCGAACAGCUUUCUAACAUGAUUGUCAAGUCUUGCAAAUGUAGCUAAGGUUCCCGCCAAGUGACCAGACAAAAAUCACAGUGACAACGACGACGACAACGAUGAUGAUGAUGAUGAUAAAUGAUGAUAAUGAUGAUGUCAAUGAUGUUCACCACAAGAAAACACGAGAAAGCCUUGGUUUAUCAGUGUUAAAAAUGUUUAGAAAAAACGGUACCAGUUUGUGUUCUGUUUGUUAAAACUGGCAUUGAAAAAAAACAAAAACAAAA